UGUAUAUAUAUAUAGCAACACUCACAAUCCUAUCACAGUCUCUCUCAUCACUCUUCUUCACUUUCUUACACUAUUACUCUUCUUUCUCUCACUCUAGUUAUUUCUAAGCCCUUUUAAGUGUUGGCAGUUUUUGUGUUCAAUAUGGAAAUCUUGGAAGAGUUUUUGGGGUCCAAUGAUCAUUCGAUUGUUAAGGGGAAACGUACCAAGCGGCAAAGGCCGUCGUCCUCCACCUUGUCAUCAAGCGGAGCCACCGUCCCCACCUCGGGAGAAGGAGGAGGAGGAGGAGGUUACUAUUCAUUGGUUACAUCUCCCACAACCUCAACUUCUACAAAUAUUGAGGAAGACGAAGAUAUGGCCAAUUGUCUAAUUCUUUUGGCACAAAGUGUUGUUUCACUACCAAAAAACUCGACAAAGACGAAAGAUAGAAUAUAUAGUUAUGAAUGCAAAACUUGCAAUAGAAGUUUUCCAUCAUUUCAAGCGUUAGGAGGCCAUAAAGCAAGUCACAAGAAGCCCAAACAAUUGGAAACUGAUCGAAAAGAAACUCCAGUAGAUGCCCCAUCCGGCGAUCACGAAGAAGAAGAAGGAUGGCAAUCCCACAAAAGUUUCCAUGGUUAUACUCACGAUAAGCCAAAAAUUCAUGAGUGUUCAAUAUGUGGUUCAGAGUUUUCAUCAGGACAAGCAUUGGGAGGACACAUGAGAAGACAUAGGAACCCUAAUAGUACAAGAGUUAAUCAAUCAUCAUCCCGUGAUUCUGAGAAGACUAGAAAUAUUCUUGCAUUGGAUCUCAACCUACCGGCUCCUGCAGAAGACGAUCACGGACCAGGGUCGGAGUCAGGGUCGGGGCCGGAGACAAAGUUUCGAUUUUCUUCCAACCAUCAAGGUCUAGUCUUCUCCGCUGUGGCCUUGGUGGAUUGCCACUACUAGAAGAAAGAGAAUGGGUUGAUAAUUAUUGGUCAAUGUGAAAAAUUCACUUACAAUUCUUUUUCUUCUUAUUAGCAAGUGUUAUUAUUUCAUUAA